ACAGGAUUGCCUAAAACCAUUUGAGUGGGGUGUUCUCAGUGGACCUGUGUACAGGCUCAGGUGCUCUCUGCAGGUUUGGUUAUUACGUAGCUGCAACAUUGUUGCACAGCGCUGCUGAAGAGAGGAAGAAAGGUUAUUGUGUGUCGGCACUAGCAGUGAAAGUGGCCACAGAGCCGCUUGCUCAUUGUGCAUUGUAGCAUCACAGGCCUGUUUAGAAACAACUGAGAGCCUCCCAGCUUCAUCCCAGACUGAUGGAUGUCUUCAGCUUCAUGUGUGCAGCGCUUCUGUGCACUGUUAUGGUGCACGGUAAGCCGACGUUAAGGAAAGAGAGAGUCCUUUACCAAGAUCCAGAGCUGACCAGACAAGCCCACGAAGACAAUAAAAGCUUCCAGUACGACCAUGAGGCCUUUCUUGGCAAAGAGGAGGCCAAAACAUUUGAUCAGCUCACCCCCGAGGAGAGCAAAGACAGACUCAGUAAAAUAGUGGACCGGAUAGACGGCGACACCGAUGGCUACAUUACCACAGCCGAACUCAAGGCUUGGAUAAAACGUGUACAGAAGCGUUACGUUUAUGAGAAUGUGGCCAAGGUUUGGACAGAUUAUGACCUGAACAAAGACAACAAGAUUUCAUGGGAUGAGUACAAGCAAGCUACAUAUGGAUACUACCUCUCCAACCCGGAGGAGUUUGAGGAAGCAACAGACCAGUUCAGCUUCAAGAAGAUGCUCCCUCGUGAUGAGAGAAGGUUUCAAACAGCUGAUCUGAACGGGGAUCAAGCAGCAGACAGAGAAGAGUUCACAUCCUUCCUCCACCCUGAGGAGUUUGAACACAUGAAGGAUAUUGUGGUUCUGGAAACCCUGGAGGACAUUGACAAGAACGGCGAUGGACAUGUGGAUGAAGAUGAAUAUAUUGCUGACAUGUUUGCACAUGAGGACGGGGGUCCGGAGCCAGACUGGGUCAGGACGGAGAGGGAACAAUUCUCUGACUUCAGAGACUUGAACAAGGAUGGUAAAAUGGACCAGGAUGAAAUCCGCCACUGGAUUAUGCCACAAGACUACGAUCAUGCCCAAGCUGAGGCCAGACAUCUGGUGUACGAGUCUGACCAGGACAAGGACCAGAUGCUGACCAAGGAAGAGAUCCUUGAAAACUGGAACAUGUUUGUGGGAAGCCAGGCGACAAACUACGGAGAGGACCUCACCAAGAACCACGAUGAGCUCUGAGAUCUCAGUGCAGCUUCUGACGUGUGUGUUAGGAGGUUUGGCGAACAUCUUUUGUCUUCAAAGACAGAAUCACAGACACCAGCACCUCCUCCCACCACCACAACCACCACUCUAUCCUUUCCUCGUAGUACUGGGACAGAUGUCAGAGUUGGAUACUAAUCCAGCACUGCCGAUAAUAAGAACAAGAGGAAGGUUAAGAGUCGGUCCGACCACUAACACUAAGGGUCCAUCUCGGUUUUAUAUCGACACUUCUGCUUCUGACAUUCAGGAGAAAGCCAGACCCAGUGGACUUACUUUCAAUCGAUGGUGCCUUCCAGCUGCCCUGCCGGCUCUGCUGCUUCAGAGAUCUGUGCAGAUAGAUAGUCUUUAAUAAAACCUGUCAAAGCUGAAUGACAAGCUUUAGGUCAAUAGUCUAAAACAGGAUCAGUUUGUGAUGGCGGUGUUAAUGUGAAACUACAGCGCAC